CACCAGUCAUCUCAUACUCGGAGAGAGAGAGAGAGAGAAGCAGCAGUGAACGGUAACAGCAUCAUCACCCACCCCACAACAAAUUUCCCUCUGCUUCAGAGCUUAUCUCCUUCAACCUUCACAAACAAACUGCACUCGCUUCUGAAUCUGAAAACCGAGCCAAAUGGGCGAGGUUCGACGCCUUUUUUUUUCCCCAUUCCUUCCUAAUAUUCCUAAGAUUCAAAUCAAUCAAUCAGUUCAGUUUUCCUCUGCGUUUUUAGCUCAGUGUUUCAUCUCUCUGUUUUCGAUUCAGGAGGAGAAGAAACCCGCGGCGGCGGUGGAAGGAGAGAAGAAAGCAGAGGAGAAAAAGGGCGAGGAAGAGAAGAAGAAGGAAGACAAACCGGCGGCUGCGGAGAAACCGGUUGGGGAUGAGAAGAAAGAAGGAGGAGAGGAACCCAAGGUGGAGGAGGCGGCGCCUCCUCCUCCUCCACCACAAGAGAUUGUCCUCAAGGUUUACAUGCAUUGUGAAGGUUGCGCCCGUAAGGUGCGCCGCUGCCUCAAAGGCUUCGACGGGGUUGAAGAUGUGAUGACGGAUUGCAAAACCAGCAAGGUUGUGGUGAAGGGAGAGAAAGCGGAUCCAUUGAAGGUGCUGGACAGGAUUCAGAGGAAGAGCCAUCGUCAAGUGGAGCUCAUCUCCCCAAUCCCAAAGCCCCCUUCUGAAGACGAUAAGAAGAAAGCCGAAGAUGAGAAACCCAAGCCGCCUCAAUUGGAGCUGCAGCCUCCACCAGUGAUCACCGUUGUGCUGCAGGUUUACAUGCAUUGCGAAGCUUGCGCCAUGGAGAUCAAGAAAAGGAUACUGAGAAUGAAAGGGGUGGAAUCGGCAGAAGCAGAUCUGAAGAGCUCUCAGGUGACGGUGAAGGGAGUGUUGGAGGCGGAGAAGCUGGUGGAGUACGUGCACAAAAGGACAGGGAAGCACGCUUUGAUCGUGAAGCAAGAGCCGGAAAAGAAGGAAGAAAGCAAAGGCGGGGACGAAGGCGGCAAAGAAUCCAAGGAAGAGAAGAAAGGCGACGACGCAGCUGCUGACGUCGGCGGCGAGGAAAAGGACAAGAAAGAAGGCAGCGGCGGUGGUGGAGAGGAUCCGAAGCCGGAGGAGAAGAAGGAAGGUGAGAGUGACGCCAAGGCGGCGGAAGCGCCAGCUGCUGGAGAAGAGACCAAAGUGGUUGAGGUGAAGAGGGAUGAGUAUAUUUACUACCCGCCCAGGUCCGCCAUGGAAUUGUACGCCUAUCCGCCGCAGAUCUUUAGCGACGAAAAUCCCAAUGCCUGUGCGGUGAUGUAACAAUAAAAGGUUGGGGAAAGAUAGACGGACAAAAAUUGCAAGUUUGAGGACUGGAAUGGGAAGAAGUUAAAAAUAUCCAGCCAGAACAGGAGGAUAAAUACAUUACAUUAAUGCUUUUGCCCAUUCCUUCUUCUCACUUCCCUUCCUCUUUUAGUUCCUUUCCUUACCUCUUUUUUUUUUUUUUGUUGCUUAAUUCGUUUUUUAGUCCCCUUUCUUUUGGGGGGGUUUAAGGGCAUAAUCCUACAGGUUUAGAAACUGUAGUCCAGUGAGCUUUGCACCCCUUUUUCUCAUUGAAUAAUAACUUGUUUGUUACAUAUAUCAAUACUAGUUAUUUAUUUAGCCCAGCGAGACCAUUAUUUGACAUUCGCUCUUUAGGAGGAUAAGCUAAGUCAACUU